UCAUGGAAACCGACUCACGGACGCUCCUGGAGGUGGCAGCUCUUGGAAGACCCUUCCAGCUGGGGAUGCUGUAUGAUUGCCGUAAAGAUUGUCUCAUUCCAGGAAUUACAAUGUGGGAUCUUGAAGACCUUAAAAAAGACUCAGAUGAAAGAAUUCAGCACAAAACAGAAUUCAAUAUCAUUGCAUCUGAUUCUGUAGAAGAUAAGACAUGGGCUUUGGAUGUUGGCGCUUCACUGAAAGCAAGUUUCAUAGGGGGACUGAUUGAGGUUGAUGGAUCUGCCAAAUAUCUUAAGGAUACAAAGACUUCAAAAAAACAGGCACGUGUCACCCUGAAGUAUAAAACAAUUACGAAGUUCAUGCAGCUGUCUAUGAGUCACCUUGGACGGGGAAAUGUUAAACACCCAUAUGUGUUUGAGAAGGGAAUAGCGACACACGUGGUAACAGCAGUGCUGUACGGUGCUCAGGCAUUUUUUGUUUUUGAUCGAGAAGCGUCAGAAACUGAGGACCAACAAAACAUUGAGGGGAACCUGCAAGUGAUGAUAAAGAAAAUACCAUCCUUGUCAAUCGAAGGGAAGGCUUCCUUAAAGCUGACAGACACUGAAAAAGCUACUGUUGAUAAGUUGUCUUGUAAAUUUUAUGGGGACUUUGCCCUGAAACAGAACCCUGUUUCCUUCCAGGAUGCUGUAAAACUAUACACAACACUUCCAGAUCUGCUGGGUGAAAAGGGGGAAAACGCUGUGCCAGUCAGGGUGUGGUUACUCCCACUGGAAUCCUUAGAUUCUUCUGCUGCCAGAUUAGUGCGUCAGAUCAGUGUCAGAUUAAUAAAUGAAACACAGAGCGUGAUAGAGGACUUCAAUGAAAUAGAAAUGCAAAGCAAUGAUAUUACAACCAGAAAGGCUAUUUCAUACUUUCCUGAAAUUGGUCAAAAGAUAAAAUCCUUCAAGGAUAUGUGCUUGGAGUAUAAAUCAGUGUUUCAGAGUUCUUUGUCAAGUAUUUUACCAUUAAUUCGUGGAGGUGGAAAAGAGGAAUGUGUGCUUGCAAACAUCCUAACAAAUAAGGAACAGUCUCCUUUCAACAGCAAUAAACUUAAGGAAUGGCUGGACUGCAAAGAGCAUGAAAUCAACCUGCUCCAGGUGUACACUGAUAUGAUGGAAGACACAAAAAUUCUGGCAUCAAAGAGUGAGCUUCAAAGUGAAAUCUUCAAAAACAGAGAUAAGAAUGUAGUGUGCUUUGCAUUCACAUCACUGGGUGAAGAGGAACCGUAUCUGUUCUGCUUGCGGAGUCACUUAAAGGCUCUUUCAACUGCAAAGCUAACAGAACCAACAGAGGAAGAUGGGAAGGAUGUCGAGCCGUGUGAGUUUUACUUCUCAGAUGCUGUGUCAGAAAAAAUGAAUGAACAAGCAAUCCUCUUCAUAGAUUUUGCAAAAGCAAACAAGGAGAAUAAGAAAACACACUUUAUAUCAGCAUCCAUACCUAACGAUGAGCACAAAGGGGCAAGUAUUUACCUUUACACAGACAGGAAAAAAAGUGACCAUUUUGAGCCUCCAUCAAAGCCAGAAAGACCAAAUGCAUCUGACGUCACUCAUGACAGUGUGACAAUAAAGCUGAGUCACCCCCAGUAUGGAUCCAGUGAAAUCACACACUACCUGGUUGAAUACUGUGCUAAUGAGUCAGAUUAA